CGGCGGCUGCUGCUGCUGGAAGGAAUCUGUCACGGAACUCCACGAACCCAAGACAGCGAGGGAGAGAUGGAGAGUUUGCAUUCAGAGCGGAAUGAGCGGCUCCGCGCCCACGUGUAGCAAACGGGGGGCAGUGUAACAAAAUAUGUAACAACUUGUGUAACAAACUGUGUAACAUACAGUGGGCCGCCCGCCUGGCGGCGCGCGCUGCGGAACCCUGGCCCGGGGAUUUGGAACGUUGACCCGGGAACUGAGUUACCACGCGCUGCCUGACAUUAUAUCGAAGGGCAUCCCUUUGCUUGUCUACGUGUGGAACCCCUACUGCAAUUAUCUAUCCAGCUCUCCCAUCCGUUAUAUUCCCUUCUUGUUGUUUGCAAUGUUUAGCACUCCUCACGUCCCACUUUUGUUUUAAUUUUGCGUUUUUUUUUAAAAAAAAUAAACAAAUUGCAUCGCAAUGCAUAUUUGCUUUUCCAACGUUACAAGUGCAGUUUUGCUUUUAUUCCCUCUCCCGAGUGUGCAGCUUCACUAAUGGGCCCAUCUGCACCGAAAGGAAGGAAGAGCAUUGCUGCCGGAAUGGUUUGAGUGGUGCAUCAAUGUAAUUGCUUCCUGUCGCACCGUUGAGAGAGAGGGGGAGAGUCAUGACGGCGAGAGGGACUGCUAGCCGUUUUCUGCAGAGUGUCCUGCAGAAUGGAGUGGGCAGGUAUAUCUGCCAGCUGAAGAGAGUCACUCUGGUCUUCAGUAAAGAUGCCCCCAGCAGCAGAGGGGUCAGAGAGUUUGUUGAAGAAGGCGUGGUGGACUUUGCGAAGCGGAAUCCUGGCAUGGUGGUUUAUGUCGCCGUGAAACGGUGUAAUGUUCCAAAGCUGGUUGGGGAAUAUCUGAACGGGGCCGUGAGGGAAGAGGCCCUGAACAGGAAGACAGCCGAGGAAGUCGGCCAACUCCUUCAGAAGAUGCGCAGCCAGUCGGGCCUGGACAUCAUCCGUAUUCGCAAGCCAUACCACACUGACAGCCCAAGCAUCCAGAGCCAGUGGACCCCAUUCACCAACAAACCCAGCGCCCUGAAUGUGCAAAACAUUGAAAAGGUUCGAGGGAGGCCAGAGGGCAAGCUCUGAAGCAAAGUGAAGGCCUUAAACCAGACUGAGGUGAAUGGACUGAGCAAAAUAAACUGACUGCUGUCUUUAUUUAAAUAAAAGCAAAAUCCCCACCACAAGAUUUGCAAACAGCUUCUGCUUGAGGC